UUGGACAUCUCUGGUCCAACUUGUCCACGACCGCACCGUUCCUCCCAGAAUUCCUCAUCAUCCAGAAACACCCUUGGUACAACUCCAACACCAUCUCCUUCUUACGCCGCUCAAAGUUCCUCUUCAACAACCACCAACCUCGUCACCAGGGACAGCCUUCUUCUAUGGCAACCAUAGCAACCAUGGCCAUGCUUCAUGCCAAGUGCCUCAGCAUCAACUCACCGCCCAACCACUUCAACCCUUCAAAGCCAACACUGACAAAGCCCAUAUCCCUCAUCUCACUUCAAAACCUCCCCAAGGGACUCUCAUCCUCCAAACCACCAACAACUCCAGGUCCUUCGUCCUUCACCGCCACCGCCAUUGCCGGAGCCUUGUUUUCCACUCUGAGCAGCUCCGAUGCGGCCUUUGCCGCGCAACAGAUUGCCGACAUCGCCGAGGGUGACAACCGAGGUCUCGCCCUUCUGAUUCCUAUAAUCCCGGCCAUCCUUUGGGUCCUCUACAACAUCUUCCAGCCGGCGCUCAACCAGCUUAGUAGAAUGAGGAGCGAGAGGGGAGUCAUCUUGGGGCUCGGGCUCGGCGGGGGGCUCGCAGCGGCCGGGUUGGUGUCGACACCCGGUGCAUCGGCUGGCGAGGUCAUGAUGAUCGCCGAUGUCUCUUCUUCGAGUGAUAGCAGGGGGUUGCUUGUGUUGUUUGUGGUGGCUCCGGCCAUUCUCUGGGUCCUCUACAACAUCCUCCAGCCAGCGCUGAACCAGAUCAAUAGGAUGAGGUCUGGGUGAAUGUGUUUCUCGUUUUAUGGGUGGAGGAGGACGGUGGUAAUAUCCCACUUGUUCAUCUGUAUCGAAAUUUUGUGUUCUAUGGUGAAUAUCAUAUAUAUGUAAAGUUCUAUGGAGUUUAAUCUUAUGGAAUAUGUAUAUAAUUUAGUCGAUGUUACGGUGCUUUAGUAGCAGAUUCUUACUCUGCUAGUAUAGAGUGCGGGGAAUGCAAAAAUAAAUAAGACUUCGUUU